GAGACGCAGACAACCCAACUAUAGCUACCUGCUCGAGCGCUGCCUGGGAGGAGGAGAGGAUAUUGAAGCACGCGCGCACGCACUCUCGCGGAGCAACAAGACAAUACACCUCUACAACAAAACCCGGAUUCAGUGAGGAGUUGUGUGUGUUCUCCCGACGGCAAGAGGACUAUCAGUCAGCGUAAUCGGUGACACAACGCCAUUAGAUAGCCCAGAAGUGAAUUUAUAGCCAUGUAUUUGAACAGGGAGGAAGGCAAUAGCAAAGCAGGAUCGGUGUCCCUCAGUGUCUUCCUGGUGUCUGUAGCCGUCACUGUCUGUGCUGUCUGGCUGGUGGCUCUGUGUGGCGUCUGUGGCUGGUGUCAACGCAAGCUGGGGAAGAGGAAUAAGCCAGGAGUGGAAACGGCUGGCACUCCAGAGUCGGGUCGUGGGCGCGGAGGAGAGAAAAAGGCCAUCAACGAUCUAGACAAAGACUUUUGGAAUAACAAUGACAACAGCAACUCAGUGCAGGAGAGGAGAUGGAGCUCCUAUCCAUCCAAGGAGUUCCUACUAAACAAUUCUCCCUGUGCCCCACAAGGAGAUCAGCGCCUCACACGCAAUGGGGCAGUAUCGGGGGGGCAGACAGGCUCGUCUGCGGGG